CUUUGGUGUCCUUGAAGCGUUGACCGGAUAAUAUUUGAAACGCACUGGGUGAAUAAUGUACGACAUUCCCGGGAAAUCGCUCAUAUCCCGUGUCUCCGAUCCGCUGUGCAUUCGCCUCCGUUGUAAUUGAAGGAGCUCCUCUUAGAAAAUUGCCGCUUGUCACGCCCUCCCUGCCUUUUCCUCUGUGACCAAUGGCUUUUGUGAGAGGAAACGCAGCCUCGCGGCAGUCAAAACACACUCGGCUCGGCUUAGUGCAGCACUCGCUUCAUUCCGCGCGCGGUGCCCCGCACGCUCAGCGUGACUCCUCCGUAAACGCUUUAUCCAUUUCUCCUCCGCAAAGCGACCUGGACUAAAGGAGGCAGCGGUACGCCAACUGCACGGCAGCCUAGGUGAAUACAGUUUUGGGGAAAUCCCAACGCAGUGGUUGGUCCGUCUGUCACUGGAAAUCCGCUAUUAUUGUUUCUCUCUUUCCAUUUCCCUACACACACUGCAACUUGGACAUGUCAUCCCCUAAUUCAGAGAAAAAAAGCCGAUGGAACUGGUUCAGAUCUAAAAAGACUCCUCCGAGCAGGCGGCAUUCCAUGUUGGAGAUGGCAGAUAAUGCAGUAACCAAGCAGUAUGAACCGAUCGCGGGUGGCGGUGGUGGAGGCAAUGAGGCUCGGCCCCAAGAUGGGCAAACAGGCCCUGCAAUCCAUCUAGAGGAAGACGUCACCGUGGAUACUGUUGUUUCACACCCAGUGCCACAUCACCCAGGACUCAACCUGGACCCCAGGGUUUCCAUCUAUAGUGGCAAGCGACCCAUGUUCACUAGGAGCAACAUCCAAGGACGUGUGUACAACUUUCUGGAGAGGCCAACAGGCUGGAAAUGUUUCAUUUACCACUUCACUGUGUUCCUCAUAGUGCUUAUUUGCCUGAUCUUCAGUGUCUUAUCAACUAUUGAACAGUAUACAACAUUUGCAAAUGAAACGCUCUUCUGGAUGGAAAUAGUACUUGUGGUUUUCUUUGGUGUGGAGUAUGUGAUACGGCUGUGGUCCGCUGGAUGCCGCAGCAAAUAUGUUGGUUUUUGGGGUCGUCUUCGAUUUGCCAGGAAGCCCAUUUCUAUCAUUGAUUUGAUAGUUGUGGUCGCUUCAAUCAUGGUGUUGUGUAUAGGCUAUAAUGGACAAGUCUUUGCAACGUCAGCCAUCAGGGGGAUCCGGUUUCUGCAGAUCCUUCGUAUGCUGCAUGUUGACAGGCAGGGAGGAACCUGGAGGCUGCUGGGAUCUGUGGUUUUCAUUCAUCGGCAGGAGCUGAUAACAACUCUCUACAUUGGCUUUCUUGGUCUUAUAUUCUCCUCCUAUUUUGUCUACUUGGCUGAAAAGGAUGCCAUAGAUUCCAACGGAGGCAAUGAGUUUGGAAGCUAUGCUGAUGCCUUAUGGUGGGGUGUGGUCACUGUAACAACUAUUGGCUAUGGAGACAAGGUACCUCAGACAUGGAUAGGGAAGACCAUCGCCUCCUGUUUCUCAGUGUUUGCCAUAUCAUUCUUUGCUCUACCAGCGGGAAUUCUUGGGUCAGGGUUUGCUUUAAAGGUCCAGCAAAAACAGCGGCAGAAACACUUCAACAGGCAGAUUCCCGCAGCUGCAUCACUAAUACAGACUGCCUGGAGAUGUUAUGCAGCUGAAAAUCCUGACUCUUCAACCUUCAAGAUGUAUGUUCGAAAGCCAGUCCGGAGUCAUCCUGCCACAUCCAGUCCACGAACAAAGAAGGCAGCACAGGCAAAAAUUAGAAAAAAGCCCAAAACUGAGAAGGACAAUGGCUUCAGUACACCAAGUAUUCCACAUAUCACGUACGAUCAUGUCUUAGACGAGAAGAAAUCAGAUCACCUCAGCGUAGAUGGAUACAGCAGCUCAGGAGGCCGUCAGCAGUCCUGGACAUCCGUAGCUUCAUUUCAGUUCUGCAGCUCGCCCUCUCCAGUUAAGAAGAAUGCCGGAUUCCUGGACAUUCAUCAGAGUGGAGCGAUCCACCGAAGUAACAGCUUUGGAGACGACCUGGAGUUGGAGGGUGACAGCUCCCUGCCGCCCAUCAUGCACAUCUCACAACUGCGGGAGCAGCACCGAGCUGCCAUUAAGGUGGUGCGCCGGAUGCAGUACUUUGUGGCCAAGAAGAAGUUUCAGCAAGCCAGAAAGCCUUAUGAUGUGCGAGAUGUCAUAGAACAGUAUUCCCAGGGUAACCUCAACCUGAUGGUGCGGAUUAAGGAGCUACAGAGACGGCUCGAUCAGUCCCUUGGAAAGCCAUCACUGUUCCUGUCAACUACAGAAAAAAAUAAGGACCGAGGCACAAACAGUAUUGGAGCGCGGCUCAACAGGGUGGAGGAUAAGAUCUCACACAUGGACCAGAAGCUCAGUCACAUCGCUGACAUCUUAAACCGCCUGACGGCCGGCCAGCAGCUCCAGCCACAUCGGCCAGUGGCUCUCAGUGGGGCCAUGCAGGGCGAAUUUUUCUCCACCAACAACAGCCUGCCCACAUAUGAACAGCUGACAAUUCCCAGGAGAAUCCAGGACAGCAGCUCCUGAGACCUCCUCCGCUACAAGGGUAUGAAGUAGUCCCAUGAAAUGACUAUGAAGAACUGAUUUCCAGGCGCCGAAGAAUGUUGCAAGAUUUUAAUUUUGUUUGGACUGGUGUGGAAGAGAAAAAGGUGGCAAACAUGGGGGGUGCGGGUGGGGGGGGGGGAGGUGAAGAACCGCUAUUCAUAUUUCUGGGUCUUAGAGAUCUUCAAUUUACAAGAGAGUCCCUUGACGUUUGAGUUUAGGCCAAGGGUACAGGAAAUUAAAUGUUGAAAUAUAAACCGUGUAAGGAGGCAUCAUCGAGGACAAUGUAGAAAGGCUGGCGGAUGUUAUGAAGCACCAAACCGGCAUCUGGCCAUUUUUUUUUUUUUUUUUUUUGUAGCCAAAACAAAUGAAGUUCAGCUUUAAAUUUUGUGAAGAGAAAAUGACUGAAGUGAGUGACGUGAAGCCAAAUUCAUGGAGCUGAAGUUGAAUGUAAAGAAGCAAAACUGAUUUUGAGGAGCAGCGCCUCGCUCGUCUUCAAUGGCACCAUGGACGUUGCCUUUUGUUUGUUCAGGAGGGUGGUCCAGGCGAUGACUUUCAUUUCGGCUGAACGGAGUUUGAUUUGCCGCUUGCCGUAUCGGCUGCCCUCUCCUCUGUGCCCACACGGUAUUCGUUAGCCCAUUAAAGAUGAAGACGCCCAUCGACUCGUCCCGUUACGAUUAGGGGAUCACGUGUUUGUAGCUGCUUCCUCACACUGAACCUCAUUUUGUGAAUGAACGAUCAUCUGAGGAGACUUUUAAUAGACAACUUGAAGGUAGGACUAGAUAUGCUUUGACUUUAGUGCUUGGUUUUGUUCUGCAUUUUAACAAAUUCUCUCUUUUUUGAUGUCUUUGUAGAUUUAGGGGAUUAUGAACUGAUUUGUUGCCUUAAACUCUUAGUGCUGGCGUAUUUGUUCACUUUGUGAGUGCUAAUCGAGCUUUGGGAAUGAGCUGGUUGUACUUGGGCAGACGGCAGUUUGCUUCAAGUGUCACCGUUGUGCCAAGAUCUAAAUGGCUGUGCCUUAGCCACACAAACUUUCAGGGAGCAUCGAAGGCGUUUAUUUGUAAAUGUUCUCGCCGAUGUUGUAUUGUGCCUUAGUACCGAAAACACUUGCACAGUGGCAGUCCAGCAGGCCUGCAUCCUCAGUUUUGGGGAAUCUAAAUUACAUCAGGAAUCAUUUUUAGGACUCUUUUAGUUCAGACGUGGAUGCUUUUAGCAUUAGUGAUGUGUUUGUCGUAGCCUCACUGUAGAGGAAAUAUGGCUCCAUUUAAGAGCUUUGAAUUCUGGGCCCAAUUGGCUUCUUAAAAGUGCCUGCACACUUGUGUAACACGCACUCGCGAUACAAUCCUGGCAUCGUUUCUGCUUUCCCCAAAAGACGUCGAAUAGAUUUUCCUAAAUUUAGUUUGUGCCUUUGAUAACGCUGCUCUGCUUACUCAAGUGGGAUUCACGUGGUGUGCAAGGCUGGGCUGUGCUGGUGUCUCCUACUGGGACAUCCUGAAGUAAGCACGCGACACUAGUGACCCUCUUCAGUGUGGCAUCAUGGGAUUGUUUGCUGAUUUUGGUCACUAACAAACUAAUUCAAAUGUGUGUGUGUGUGUAUACUUUAUCUGUGUAUAUAUAUAUAUAUAUAUAUAUAUAUAAUUGCACACAUUCACCAUUGCAUGUGCAUAACAGACAGUUGUGCAUACAUGCAGUGUACAGUCAUAUACAGUAUGUGCAAAUGUGGAGCCCUUGUCUCUGUGUGUGUGUGUAUGUAUAUAUCUAUAUAUAUAUAUAUAAAUAUAUAUAAGGUUACAACAGGUGUGUAUGUGUAUUUAUACAGUGUAUACUUAUGUAUAUGUGCGCAAACACUGCACAUAUAUUUAUUUAUAUAUACGUUGAGAGUUAAUGGUGCAUACUAUAUAUGCCUGUAAACACUACAUACAGUAUAUACAGUAGAUAGGUGCUUAUUUAUAUAUUCAUAUACAUGCAUACACUCAUGUGGUUUAUGUAGUCAUAUAUACAUUGAGUUUAUUUUUUAUAUGCUAGAUAUGUGUGCGUGUGUGUAUUAACACUACAUACAGUAUUAUUUAUAUAUUCAUAUACAUGCAUACACUCAUGUGGUACAUGUAUAUGACUUAAGUAUUUAUAAAUGCAUUGACAGUGUGUGUGUACAUACACUAUACAUAUCUGUGUGUGUACAUACAACAUAUGUUUGUGCCUGUUUAUAUAUGUGCACACACUGUGGGUCUGUACAUGGACAGUUUAUGUGUCUGUACUACAGAUGUACAGUAUGUGCUUAUUUAUAUAUUCAUAUACAGACGUGCAUACACUCGUACGCGGUAUAUGCAUAUGGCUUAUGUAUUCAUAGAUACAUUGGGAGUCUGUGUGUACAUAUACUGUACUAAAUAUCUGUGUGUGUGUGUGUGUGUGUAAACACUAUUUACAUAUUCAUACACAUGCAUACAGUCGUACACAGUGUGUAUUCAUAGUCUCCCCGUGCCGACACCACUAUGGUUGCCUUUACACUGGUAUAUACCGUAUACUGCACGUUUGUCUGUGUGUCUAUGUGACAAGAGUCUGUUUGUGUGCACUCGUCUCUGUCAGAUUUCCAGAAUGUUCCUACCUUCGUCCUUCUGUGCAUAUUUUCGACAUUCUUUUAGGCACCAAAUCAGUAAGCGUAUUUUCACCAAUUCCACAAUCCUGCACUGUCACAGUUAUCAAAGACUUGUGACGAAAAUGCUUCCUGACGAUGGUCGGUGCCCGUUGCUCGGUCACGGGAGCGUGUAAGGAAGUCCCAAAGCUGCAGGAGGGCACAGAGAGCACUUGCACACCAGCGGGUGGCGUCAUCUUCAUCUUAGUAGCCGAGGUGGAUCGGUCUGCAUCAUGUUUCUGAUCAGCCCUGCCGAGGGGCUUUCUUUGCGUGUUUCGCCCAUCGAUGUUGUAUUCCCAGGGAUGCGGCCGUCUAUUUUUUAUUCUUCCACUGACGCCCAUAAGCUUCCAUUUCAAGAUGGCCCUGUUACCGAGUUGCAGGCUGCACUGUCACGUUUCCAUCUCCAACGGUACUUUCUGAGUUUUGUUUUUUGCCGAUUUCAUUUGUAGGUUGUCAGUGUGCACUAUGAAAUUCUGUACAAUUGUUUUUAAAGAAUAUAAGUGAACUGCAUGAUAAUUUUAUUUGGCUACUUUUUUGAACACUUGAAGAGAUGCACAUCAUUCACAGGCCUUGGGCGUCGUGCAGCAUCAUGUAAACUGUUCAGGGUGAGUUGUUUGUCCUAAUCGAUGUGAACCGUAUGUGUGUCGGGGGUGUGUAGCACAGAAAUGCCGCAGUCUGUACAGUUUAUGCAUAUCUGAAUGAGCUUUUACUUUUUUUGAAGGAUAUGAAAAAAAUAUGCAGAACCAAAUAUUUCACAUUUUUUCUACGUGUACAAUGCGUCUCCUUUGUUACUCCAGCAUGCGUUUUAAUUGGGCUUUGACGUUUGCCAUUUCUCCCAGCACGUCGUUUUAAAUGUGAGACAGGGGCCGGUCCUCAGACACACUGGAAAUUUGCUUUGUUUGUUUGUUUGUUUGUUUUUCUCCACUGCUACAAGUCAAAAAGCACAAAGCCUGUUGCAGAAGGCCAUUGUUGGCACGGCAUGUGAAUGGCGGCUGUGGAUUAAGGCACUGGGACUCUGCAGCUUUCCACUCCAUCUUCUUGACUUCCGCUUGUCCGUUUGACCGCACUCUGGAAUUGUGUCAGGUGCUUAACAUAUCAUUGGGACAUGGGCAUCGUACUGUAACGCGACUCAAUCAUGCAGAUUUUAUAAUAGUUUGUUAAUUAAGAUUGUCAUUUACAGUGUCAUUUGAUUUCUCACUGCUUAAUAAAUCAUGCAUGACAAAAAAAC